GAGAAGGGAGCUCUUCUGUUUAAAGUGGCGCCGUGAGGGGAAUGGAGGAGAGCGCGGGAUACCCGCCCUUCCAGCUGGGCAAGUCGCGCUUCGAGCAGACUUCGUUUUACGGGCGAUUUAGACACUUCUUGGACAUCAUUGACCCUCGCACACUCUUUGUAACGCAGAGUCGCCUUAAAGAAGCUGUGCAGUUGCUGGAGGAUUUCAAGCAUGGGACUUUGCCCUCUGGAGUCACCAACAAAGAGCUUUGGAAAGCACAAAAGAUAAAACAGGCCAUCAUCCACCCAGAUACCAACCAGACGAUCUUCAUGCCUUUCCGAAUGUCAGGUUACGUUCCUUUUGGAACACCCAUCGUUGUUGGCCUUCUCUUGCCGAAUCAGACGUUGGCAUCCACCGUCUUUUGGCAGUGGUUGAAUCAGAGCCACAAUGCCUGUGUCAACUAUGCAAACCGAAACGCAACAAAGCCUGCCCCGAUGUCCAAGUUCAUCCAGGGCUACCUGGGAGCCGUCAUAAGUGCUGUCUCCAUAGCAGUGGGCCUUAAUGUUCUGAUUCAAAGAGCAAACCAGUUUACUCCAGCCACACGGCUCCUGAUCCAGAGGUUUGUGCCAUUCCCUGCUGUAGCCAGUGCCAAUAUUUGCAAUGUGGUCCUGAUGAGACAUACAGAACUGGAGGAAGGUAUCAACGUCCUGGAUGGCAACGGAAACGUCGUUGGGUCUUCCAGAAUUGCUGCCAGACAUGCACUGCUAGAGACAGCCCUAACCAGAGUGGUCUUGCCCAUGCCGAUACUGGUGCUACCUCCAAUAAUCAUCUCUCUGCUGGAAAAAACUGCUCUCCUGCGCUCCCGUCCUCGGAUGCUUCUUCCUGUCCAGAGCCUCGUGUGCCUUGCAGCUUUCGGCCUGGCCCUCCCGCUGGCCAUCAGCCUCUUCCCGCAAAUGUCAGAGAUUGAGACAUCGUGCCUGGAACCCGAGAUUGCUCGAGCCACGGCAAGCAAGACCGUUGUCUACAACAAAGGGUUGUGAGGCUGAGUGGUGCGGAACAGGGCAAGCACCAGAGGGAAGCGCAUGCGCCAGCGCCACCGGGGAAGGGGCGGGGGGGGGGAGAUGAAUACAAUACAGAGCAACACAGCUUGGCACUCGUAACAUAUUCCCACCGUCAAGAGCUGCGAGUAAAUUAACACUUUCCGAGACUCGGCAUCUCACGUUGGUUGAAAAGAUUAAUAUUUAAAGUUUUAAAUUAGCGACAGUAACAGCAAGAAGAAAUGAGCGAGGAGGAGGGGCGUGAGAGAGCUGGCAAGCACAGAGCUCGCCUCCUCACUCUGCAGCGCCACGUGCACGAAGGGGAUCCGGACAGCACCUUUCCCUGCUUCUGCCUCACUCUUUGUGGGAGGAGCUGCUGCUUGGACCCUCCGCACUGUUUGGUGCUGCACAGAAAUCCAUUCUUGCUGCAUAAAUUAAGAGAUGUCGGUAGGGCACCUUGCUAGUCAAAGGCCAUUGAUUCCACUUUGGCCUUUCUGGACUCCAGACCAGCCUGUGCAGUAGGCACCAGCCAGCCUGCGCCCCCGCCCUCCUGGCCUCUCCCAGCCACCCAUGCAGGCACAGUGCUGGAGGGCACCUUGACAUUCCACCGCCUCUUUAGUGGGUGAAUUCUCAAGUUGCAUUUGUCACACCAGCAUAGCUGUAGCCCUUUGAGAGUGGUCUGUGGCCCCCUCUCCACCCCACCCCCCAUCCAUGCAGCCCCUCCCUCUGUCCCCAGGGCUUCCUUGAAGGCAUCACUCCAGAACGGGCAUGAGAGAGAGCUUGUGCCACAUAAAGGUCCGUGGUGGGCAGGAGAAAGGUGCUGCCCUGGUCGGCAGCGGGAGCUGGCCUGUUCACAAAGAGCCAAGGCUGGUGAUAAGGCACCAGUGGUCUUCCAGUGGUCUUCUGGAACUCCCCUCAAGAAACCCUCCCUGACUUUUCUAGCUCUGAGUGCAGAGCUGGGCUCUAGCCAUUUGAAGGAAGCUCUGCACACUGACAGCCUGGAGGGUCUGUUCUGAAGAGCAGAACAUUUCGUGAUCGCAUCCCCAGGCAGAGGGGACGGGGGCCAGCAGCAGCAUCUAUACUUCCUGACUUACAUCUGACUAGGAGAGAAAUGGUUUCGUAACCCAAAAGCCCUCCCCGCAGGUGCCUUGCUGGCUCUCAGGGCGUUUGUAGAGCUCCGUGGGCAGAGGCUUCAGUACAGAUGUGCAGAGAAUUCCUUGCCAUGGGAGUGAAACAGAGUGUGUGUCCCCCCCCCCCCGGUCUCUGGGCUGCAGGCUGCGAUUUUCUGGAAGAAUGAAGAGUGGGUGCCCCUGGGCUGUUGCCAUGGUGAUUCCCCGGGUGGGUGGGACUCCCUGUUCUCCCGGCUCCGGGGAGCCCAGUUCCCUUCCGGAACUGGGAAGGGCAGCUGUCGGCUCGGCUUGGCUCCCGUGUUGGUGUCAAUCAGACAUUGGAAGUCAAGGGGCCUGUCACUGAGGAGGAUCUGUGGAGGGUGGGGAGAGAUCCCAUGCCCUGGAUGAGUGUGGCUGGAAUGAUCUUGAAUCUGCCUUGGAUUUGCACCAGGGAGUCUUCGCCUGCUCUUGUUUUUACUUCACUAGAUCGUGCGGUGGGUGGGUUUUUUAGGAUACAGGUCGGGGGUGCUUUGGCCUGGCUUGUGGUGCAGGACUGGAUUUCUUCUGAGCAAGGCCUGCUGGGUGGGACGGACAGCAGAACUGCCUGAGCUCCUCCUCCUUAUGGACCUCGGAGCGCUUUCCAGGAGGGGGGCAGGGGCUGGGGGCAUGGCCUGCUGGAACCCUCUCCCCUGGCAGCAGCCCCAGGCAGUGGCGGGGGCAGGGGCUGUUUCUUGGGGUUGAGGUGGUUGGAGUUCUUUCCUCUUCUGGGGUGAGAGAAGCAGGCAGGGCGGGGCUGGUGUCACCCUCUGUUCCCCUCCCAGCUGUAGGGCCAGCAGCCAUCGUGCCAAGUGUGGGCAGAGAGCCCAAAAAAUGGCAAAAAUUUGGGGGCGGGUCACAGCUAUGGGGGGCCCUUGGAGGGAGCAAAUAAGGAAAGGAGUUGUGUGGGGGGGGAUGUCUAGCUACAUUACUGCUGUGUGGGCUGAACAGGUUGCCCCGUGGCGGGAGCAGCCCAGUUUUUGGCUGACUUCUCUGCCCCGUUCUGUGCCAUGCUGGAAAGAGGCAAAGGGACUGCAGAGCCCCCCCCCUUUCCUUGCACUGCAUGCCAGAGAGGCUGGGAGCUUGGAAGCCAGGAGGUUUGGGGGUUUGCUCAUUCCCAAGCUGCCAGUAAGCUCAGCUGGGUGCGUCUGGAACAGGGCAGCGGCAGCCCUGUUGACCUUGAAGUCAGCAUGGCCCCAAUUCUCAGGCAGCUGGAAGGCAGAUUUCCUGGCCAGGUGGGGGCUGGGGAGGAAGCCCCUCUGCUGGCUUUCCCACAGACGGCCAUUGGUCAAGUGCAAAGCACUUCAGAAGGGGCGCCAGCACCCCCCUGGGGAGGCCGCCUAGAGGUGCACCAAGGCCCAGCACUCGCGCUCCUGUUGAAAACCCCUCUGAGCUCCAACCAGAUGUUAGCAUCUGGGACAUUCCAAAAACAUCAACAGCUUUGAAUUUGGGGUUAAAAGGGGAGGUUUGGACGGGAAACAUGUCUUGCCUGUCCGUUUAUCCUUGGAUUUCCCCAAAUUAGUUCUGCCUUAACUUUUUAAAAAAUCCUCUUUUCUCUGAGCCUUCAAAGCAUUCCAGGCAUGUUCUGAUCUCAGGAGAAUGGGGGGGGGAGCGCUUUCCAUUUUAAAAUGCCCACACAUGUCAUCUGGCUUUGAGGAAGGAGGGGUUUUCACAUGCACAUGUGUGCACGUGCGCGCGCACACACUUUUUAGAAAGCAGCAGCCUUUUUGAAACGGCCGCCCAAAGCUGACCCCCGAUGCCCUGGGGAAUGCCCCCCCUGUUCUUCACCGAAGUCUCCUGCGCUCGCCACAAGAGAAACGUGGCUAUCCAAACGGUGCUGCUCUGCCCCCUCAACUGCCCCAGAGGAAGGGGGGCUCUCCUGCCUUUUGGGCGGGGUUCCCCCCAGCCGCCGACACGGGUCAGGGGUCGCCCUCCUGCCCUUGCCCGGUGGAAUCCCAGAAGGGCUCAUCUGUGCCAGGGCAGCCAGCAGAGCCUGAACGAAGGAGCAAACAGCCGCCACACAUUCGCCUAAUAGCUAAUUAAUUUUGCCAUCCCUCUUCGAGUACAAAAGGAGCCAGGGAUCCGCAGGAGCCGUGGCUGCGUUUGCGUUUAUCAUUUCCCAUAAUUGGGGGAACGGGGGAGGGGAAGGAGCCCACACUACGUUGGGUUGCUCACCUCAGUAGCUAAUAAUAAUGAGGUGAUCAUCUCUGUAGCUUUUAAUUAGGAGCACAGCAGUUAAUUGAUUUCUUGGGUAUGUUAAUUAAGAAAUAAUGAGGACUGUGUAGCGGCAGAAAGAGGCCGUGAAGGACUGGGCUUUCCCCAGAUCCCCGUCCGUCCGCAGGCCAGCGAGUGGCAGAGGUCUGGGAAGGUCACCAUGUCACGGGAACCGUCAAGGUUCGUAUCCCAGUGAGGUGGGCUUCCCAGUCCAGUGGAACUCGGGGGAGGCAGGAAGGAAUUCCCCCUGCCCCCCCUGCCCUCCUCUCCCAUGGAGCCACCCUGGAGCCUGGCAUGCCUCCACCCAGGGGCACCUCAGAGCUCCCGCAGCUUCUCAGGCAUCGCCCCUCCCCGGCCCCCCCACAAGUUUCUGUUCCCCAACCAAGACGGCUGGGCGGAAGGGAGGAAAGAGGUCACGGGAUCCCUGCGGGUGGAGGGACUGCUCAGCCCAUGUGAACGGUGGGCUUGUGGGCCUGACAACAUAGAGCUGACCGGAGGGCCUCCCCCUUCCUGGAGGAGACGGCUUCUGGGCAAAGAGCCGUUCCUUUGGCUUCUUGGUAGAUCGCAGCCUAGUCCGGGGGAAGGCUGGCUCUUUCCCCUUAGCCCAUCACUGGUGGCUGAGGCCCAGCAGCAAGGGCAGCAAAGGCCUGGCCCCAGCCAGCAGGGAUGGUAGGGAAGGGGGUUGGCCCAAUCCCGGCCCAUGGCCGGUGGCCAGUCUCUGCAUCCUCGUGCCCGACUGCUGGAACGGCCCCGUCCAUCCUUGCCUGCUUCAUUGUGCUGUGCUCACUUGCGCUCCACUCCAGCGCCUCGAGGAUCCCUUCAGGGGUCUUUAGGUAUUACGGCAGGAUGGCAAGUGGCAGGUUGAUGCUCCCGUCUUUCCCACCUGGACGCUUAGGGCGCUGGGGGCAGACACAGAACUCUGCCCGGAGAGGCAUGCCUCCCAAUGGGAGCAGAGCAUUAGGGGCUCCUUCCGUGGAGGAGUCCCUGCCUCGGACCCUCACUUGCCAGCGGGCUCAACUCCAUAGCUUGUUACUGAAGAGGGAUUGUGUGAAAUGGGGAGUCACAAUCAAGGUCAAUGGCCCAGGGGAGUUUCAGGGCAGCUGACCCCUGCCAGCUCCUUGAGCCACCCCCAGCCAGCAAUCCCCCCUCCCCCACAGUGCCUCCUGCUGCCAUAGAGUCCCGGGUGCAUCAGGGAAUGUGGCAUUUGGAACAGAAGGGCUGGCUGGCCAGCUGGCCCAGGGCACCGAAAACGUGGCAAGCUCUGGGGCAGUGCACAGCACGAGGGGGGAGUGCCUCACUCGGCAGGUAUCUGAUUGUGUCUCUGAGACCCCGGGUCUGCUGGGCAUACGGACCAGAGAGCCUUCAGCUGUGCACAAAUCAGAAAACGUGAGUGGGGCUCCACAGCAUGCUAGCUGCCGCGCCUGGUGCCGAUAGCAGCCCAGCCUUCGCUCAGGUGCAAGACUCAGCGCUGCAGACACCCCCUUGCUGUGGUGCCCUGCGAACUGCAGCUCAGAGGAAUCGGGGGGGGGGGGUGUUCCUUCCUCUGAACUGUCACUGGUCUUCCGGCGGUUCUGAGGGCCUCCCUUUAUGACCGACCUCUGUCCACGCUCAUCGACUCUGAAAUGCACUCGGUGUCUUUUUAACCUCCUAAAUAGAUUUAUUGAUGACGACUCUUUAUGUAACACUUCUAACUGUCUAGAAUAAAAGCGAAUGCAUCUAAACCAUUUGCCUGUUACUUGGGAGGCUGCAGUGUCAAAGCCCCUCCCCCCCAAACAUUUGCCUUGACUGCAGUUGAAAUCUGGGCGGUUUCUUCAAGGCCUGGCUCUGGCUUGGCCUGGCCCUUGGACAAGUGCCGGCAGCUUCCACGUAGAGGCUCUUUUCAGAACAUCCACACGAGGUCAUCUCCAUCCACUUUCCGUGUUUUGCUUUUUUGCGAACUUGGUUUGGAAUAUUUUUUUUUGAACGAUCGCAGUCGAAGUGCCUUUGCACACAUUGUGGAUGGGCAGAUGUGCAUUUUUGUUGCUCCUGCCCAGACUGGCACCAUUUUCCUUGUCUCAGCCUCUCCCACAGAGCUGCCAUCCCACCCGCCUCUGCCACCAGAGGGCUUUGGGGCUUUAAAAAAUCAGCAGUUGGCAUAUCACAUCUGACGAAGA